GCUGAAAUGUGAGAUGCAACUCAGAGGGACUCGCUCGUAGAGGCAAAGUUAUGGCACGUUCAUCGUCGGAGAAAAACGUCCCGCAGCAGUUUCUCUCCUCCAGAAGGUCCCUCGCCGGUGAUGCGCACGCCUUCCUGGGACGCACAAACCCAGAGCGAGAAGACCGAAAAUUACGCAUCAGGUUCAACUAAUUGAAUCGACGAAUAUAAAAGGACUGAGGGAGUUUUCAGGUUUAACGCAAACAUUGACACAGCCGAGUUACCAGUGCCCUUGGAGCAACCUAAGAAUGACACUCAGAGAAUAGGACCAUCUGAGUUCAUUUUUUAACUCCAGAGCCGACAGGCAGACUACCAAAGCUGCAGAGGAGUGAAGCCAAGGCAGCCAUGAACCUGUUCAGGAAGGACGCCAUGACCUCAAAGAAGGAGAAGGAAAAAGAGAUCCAGUAUGGGGAACCUCCAGAUGGAGGUUGGGGCUGGAUGGUGGUGCUGCAUUGUUUCCUGGUAAAUGUCCUAGUGAUGGGAACACUUAAGAGUUUUGGGAUCUUCUUCGUGGCAUUCCAGGAUGAGUUCGGAGGCUCCUCGGAGAGCAUCAGCUGGAUCGGUUCCAUCAUGUCAAGUCUGCGUCUGUCUGGAGCACCCCUUGCCUCAGUUGCCUGUGCCAAGCUUGGAGCCAGGGUGACCUCCAUUGCUGGAGCAGUGCUGGUUAGUGGAGGCUUCCUCAUGAGUAUUUUUGCCUACAGUGUGGUGUUCCUCUACAUCAGCAUGGGAGUUGUAGUUGGAAUGGGUUUUGCACUACUAUACCAAUCCUUUUCCGUGGUCACUGCGCUGUAUUUCCGAAAGAGGCUGGCGACAGCGUAUGCAAUCGGGCGUUCUGGGAUGGGCUUGACUUUUGCCCUGGCUCCAUUCACUCAGUGGCUUCUGGAUCAGUAUGCUUGGCAAGGGGCGAUGUUGAUUCUUGGUGGUCUCAUGCUGAACCUGGUGGCCACUGGGAUGCUCCUUCGGCCAAUCAACGUGAAGCCCCCUGUGCCAAACCCUACCUCUUCUCCUAUCCAAAAGAGCCCUGCUGUUUCCAUCAAGAGCUCCUCAGAGAAAGAAUACACUAAGAGCUGCAUGAACGGCUCCUCUCAUUUAUCCAACAGCAUCUCCAAAUCAGACUCCUUCCCUUCCCCACCCCCUCCUCCAACCCCUCACAAAGACAAUCUGGAGGGCCAAUGUACUCAGGAACUCCAGGACCAGUCUGUGAACCCUGAACUGACCAGACUGGUCCUUAAUGGGGUAAACGGCCACUGUGACUUGGGUCAGUGUAAACCCGCAACUCCAGAUAGCUCUGCAGAGCUCAAUGGCAGCAUGAAUGGUUCCACCAUUGUUGGAUUUCCCUCAAAUGCCAGCACGCCAACUGAGGUGACUGUCGUACAAACCAAAGUUCUGGAUUUCUCCCUGUUAAAAGACCCUUUCUUUUGCAUUUACACCUGGUCCUUGGUCUUCAGCCAACUGGCUUACUUCAUCCCCUAUUUCCACCUGUCUGCCCGUGCCAGAACCCUGGGCAUUGAUGCCAUGGACGCUUCCUUCAUCAUCUCUGUGGCAGGUAUCACAGAGACCAUCGCCCAGCUGGCCUCAGGCUGGGUGACUGACAUGAACCUGUUCCAUAAAUACCACUACCACAAGGCCUACCUGAUCCUGUGCGGCCUGGUCAACCUGCUCUCCCCACAGGCCACCUCAUACAUCCUGCUGAUGGUGUACGCCAUCUUCUUUGCUAUCUUCUGUGGAGGAUACAUGGCUCUGCUGCUGCCUGUUCUAGUAGAUCUCGUGGGGGCAGAGAAACUCAACAACUCCAUGGGCUUCUCCAUGUUCUUUGUGGGCCUUGGUUGCCUCACAGGGCCUCCUUUGGCAGGCUUCCUGUAUGACUACACUCAGACGUAUGACUGUUCCUUCUACCUGGCGGGGCUCUGCUAUCUGCUCUCCUCCCUCUCACUCUUCAUGGAGCCGCUGGCUCAGCGCUGGAAGGCCAGGAACAAACUGACCCGGGACAAGAGAGCAGAAAGCAGCUGUAAGACCAACGGCUGCUUCACCCCGGACCGCCUGCAGAACGGCGCUGUGUAGGAAUGAAACCAAGGGAACGCCUACAUUCGUGAACCAGCAUGCUUAGAACUUCAUAGGCCUGCAUAACGUGGACCUUGGACUCCAGCUUAAAGUCGGGACCCAAGUGACCCUUAAAUUCAGCAGGAAUGCAACAAUGGCCAAGGAGGAAAAGUGUUGAAAGCACUACAUGAUGUCGAAGAACAUACAGUUAAGGGGUCGUUGGUGACGGGAUGAUCUCGUUGAACUUUGAAAAGCCAAAAUUUAAGUGUUUCUCAAAAUAUCUCAUCCCCUAGUCCUUGGUCCAUGCAUUGAAACCUCUUAUAUCAUCCUGCACAUUUUAAUAUAGCUUUGCAACAAUCACUAAUUUCAAGAUACUUUGCAGGUAUUUUAAAUUUGCACAGAAAUGACUGGAAACUAAGCUUUGCAGUUGAGCUUAAAAACCCUGUCUAUAUGGUUUGUUUUUUUCGAUGAUAAUAAUGGAAGCCAUGAAAAACUGAUCUUCCUCUGAUUCCCCAGUUAUUAUAUCGAAUUUCUUAACCACUUAACUGUUGCCUGCUUCUUUGGCACAAUGUAUAAUCUGUCUGCAAAGCCAAAUGUAGCCGCAGCUUCAGUAAUUUAACAGAGAAAAGAUGUGUCUCUCUUGGCCUAACAUUAUGAAUGCAUUAGCACAAAUCGUAGAUUGUAUGGCAUCUGCAGCAUUAAGAGGUAUGACCGGUGAGUGUCUCACCAUCUUUCACUAUAUUAAUUAUAUUCUGGCUUUUCAGAAUGUCAACUAAUGCAGCAUUCAUUCAUAAAGAUUUACUAUUCAAACUUUAAAAAUGACUAGCUCAUUCAGGAUGUCUUCUUUUCACAUUUUGGGACUCUUUCAACUUUUUCCCCUCCAUUUAAAUGAAUGGGCAGACUAAACCGGUAAUGUGGCAUUGAAAGGCAGGAGACGGUUAGAGUCUCAGCUGUGUUCAGCACUCGCACAAAAACAAAUUCUCAGCCUUUUAACUUCAAAGGACACUUACUCAGUCAAAGAAACUGUCACAUUCCUAAGUCCAUGUCUCACACUGUGGUUACACUUCCACCUGCAGCAGAGGACUCAGCGGCACAAUAAGGCGGUGAGCUUUUGUUCUGUGGUCGUGUGAUCCAUUUUUACAUUGAAACUUGUACUUUCAGCUGAGUUUGUGUAAUAUCAGGAACACAUCUGCAGACUACAGAAGGCUUUUAAAGGUCAGUAGUUAGUUCCGCAAUCAAUUUUUACAGCAACAAACAACCAGUUGGUACUGGCAAAAUAAACAAAGUGGAAGCCUCCUUUGACUCAAAAUGGCCCAUAAAACAAUGGCCACUUGUGUGUUCAAUGUAGCCUAAUCAUUACACUUCCCUGCUUUCACUAAUACACACACGACUCAACUCAUUGACCACCUUUUGAUUAAUCUCUUUAACUCUUUCACGGUUUACAGUUUAUCUAACAUGCAAAUAUUUACCAACAGAGUAAAAACUUUACACUGACAUGUCUCCUACUAGCUAACAGGUUUCAGCCGUCCUCAUACAGCUGUGUGAUUGACACAUCAGCUCUUCUCAAUGCGCACAAUUCAAACUAUUCAAGUGCUUGAACUUCAAUUUUAUGGCAUUUAAACUGUUUACAGUGUCUGCACAUGCAGUUUUCAGUGCAAGUGAGCACACUUUUGUUAAAUGCUCAGCUGUGACCUGGAAAUGACUCGGACAAACUAGAUACUGCCUUCAUUUUUUUUGUGGGUCAGAAAUGAUAAGACAAAUAUCUUAAACUUCACUUUGUUUUUCUUAGCACUACCUGCAAAUAACUAAAUAGUUACAGCAAGCUCACAGCUUAUGAGCAGUCCUAUGCAAAAGCAUGCUGUUUGUAAUUUUCCUGCCAUUAGCAGCUCAAGUGCAUAUCGUUUUAACUGUAGCCAAGAUACCAGCUCCUUAGAGAAAGAGUCUGUUUGGAGGAAGAUUAAGUAUGUUUCCAUACAUUUGGAUCACUGUGUUUCUGAGUGGCAAAUGAGCCGAUGAGCUCCCCUGAAUAGCCGGGGUUUCUAUGUGAUUCUAUGAGAUUUUGUGUCAAUUAUAUCAUUCUUGUAUGUCUGUAAUUCUCUGACCAACUGUGAUACAAUGAUGCAGAAAUUGUCCAUAUAAAUACAAGGUAUCCCAACUGGCUGGUAGGAAAUGAAUGCCAAGCAUUUACAGUGCCUGCAGACGGCCAAUUAAUGGCAAUGCAACUUAAGUCAUUAUAUUGUGUUUAUAUAUGGGAGUUUAUUGGUUGUUUUAUCUUUUUUUAGGUUUUUUUUUGGUGUGUUUUCAGUGGAUACCUUGUUUUUCACCAGUUUGCCUUACGAUGUACCUUGUAUCUUUACAAACUUUCCUGUGAUGUCAGCCACAGACACAUUAGAACCUACUUAAAACUUGAAACGUAUCAGUUGUUUUACUUUUUUUUUUGAAAGUUGAUGUAACUUAAACCACUAUGACCACUUGUCAGUCAUUUGUUUCCAAGUUUGGACUGAGGGGGCAAGAGGUAUGGACAUGUUUUCUUAUGCUGCCCUCUUGUGGCUAAACGUUGCUUCUACUCAAAGAAUGCUGUCUCAAUUAGUACCAAAUUAUUCCCCCUCAGCUCACCUUCAUAAUACUAAGCAAGCUCUUUGUGCUGUUUCAAUAAUGACAGUCAUGCACAAAAGCUCUUUUGGCUCACAAGUUGCAUUCACCACCAGUUUGCUUUUGUAAUUGAGGACCACAGAAUAUUUUGUACCAUGAUAAAUCUUUUAUGUUCAGUAUUUGAUGCUUUAAAAGUAGAUUUUGGUUUGGGAUUAUAUGACUUGUUAGCUACCCAAACAUUUAAAUGAUCUUUAUGUUUAAGAAAUAUAUCAGAAGAGUUUUUCUAUGAGCCUUUCAACAUCUCAAACACCAAUUGAGUCUGUUUGAUGGUGUUUGAUUGAAUGUUGCUGCAUAUGCAAUUCUGUGUGAAGUACUGUGUUAAGUCACUACUCCAGCUCCUAGAUUUGUGAACUGAUAGUUUAGAAAAUAUGCUUAACCAAUCAUAGAUAUGUUUCAAGGGCUUAAAGCUCAUUUCUAAGCCUUGUAAGAGUGCGCAGUCGACAGCAAUAAACCGACAUGUGACUCAAGUCUGUCGUGUGAUUGUGAAAACAGUAAUGCAUUUUCUGUCUCUCUGCAAUAAACACUCACAACCUA